AUGGCUUCCAAGAAGAAGUGGGCAGCUGAGCGGAGAGAACUGCGCAGGGAUCGUCCGUUCUCCACCCGGGAUGAUUCAUCUGUUGCGUCCGGGACAUCUGGGCCAGGGCGUCCCACCAGCAGGGGGCGCUUCUCGGAGUCGUGGAAGAGGAUCAGCUCCAGAGGGGGGUCCACCAAGAGGGGGGCGCUCAACUCUCAGCAGCCACCGGCACAGAAAUCGUGGAUCGAAAGAGCGUUCAGCAAGAGAGAAUGUGUUCAUAUCAUAGUGAGCGCCAAAGACCCCCAUAGGUGCUGUUGUGGUCGUCUGAUAGGUCAGCAUGUGGGCUUGCCCCCGGGCAUCUCAUCCAGUCAGAAUGAUAAGGCAGAGCGUUUGGCCAAGAAUGACAGCCUGUCGGAGAAGUGGUCGAUCAGCAAACACACACAGCUCAGCCCCACUGAUGCCUUCGGCACCAUUGAGUUCCAGGGAGGAGGACACUCCAACAAAGCCAUGUACGUGCGGGUGUCUUAUGACACCAAGCCUGACCUGCUGCUCCACCUGAUGACCAAGGAGUGGCAGCUGGAACUGCCCAAGCUGCUCAUCUCAGUCCACGGGGGCCUGCAGAACUUUGAAUUACAGCCCAAACUCAAACAGGUCUUUGGCAAAGGGCUCAUCAAGGCUGCCAUGACAACAGGAGCCUGGAUCUUCACAGGCGGGGUUAACACAGGAGUGAUUCGCCAUGUGGGUGAUGCAUUGAAAGACCACGCCUCCAAGUCAAGGGGGAAGAUCUGCACCAUUGGCAUCGCUCCGUGGGGCAUCGUAGAAAAUCAGGAGGAUCUUGUUGGCAAAGAUGUGGUGCGUCCAUACCAGACCAUGUCCAAUCCCAUGAGCAAGUUGACGGUUCUAAACAGUCUUCACUCCCACUUCAUCCUGGCAGACAAUGGCACCACGGGAAAGUACGGCGCUGAGGUCAAACUGCGACGUCAGCUAGAGAAACACAUCUCCCUGCAGAAGAUCAACACACGUAUUGGUCAGGGCGUGCCGGUGGUGGCUCUGAUCGUAGAAGGCGGCCCUAAUGUGAUCUCCAUCGUGCUGGAGUACCUCAGGGACACACCCCCCGUCCCGGUGGUGGUGUGUGACGGCAGCGGCAGGGCCUCAGACAUCUUGGCCUUCGGACACAAAUACUCUGAGGAGGGAGGCAUAAUUAACGAGUCUCUAAGAGACCAGUUGCUGGUGACCAUCCAGAAGACUUUCACCUACAGCCGCACGCAGGCCCAACAUCUGUUCAUCAUUCUCAUGGAGUGCAUGAAGAAGAAGGAGCUGAUAACAGUUUUCCGGAUGGGGUCGGAGGGUCAUCAGGACAUUGACCUCGCCAUCCUCACUGCAUUACUCAAAGGUGCCAACGCUUCAGCUCCUGACCAGCUGAGUUUGGCUCUGGCCUGGAACAGAGUGGACAUCGCCCGCAGUCAAAUCUUCAUCUACGGACAGCAGUGGCCUGUCGGUUCCUUGGAGCAGGCGAUGCUGGAUGCCUUAGUUCUGGACAGAGUGGACUUUGUCAAGCUGCUGAUUGAAAAUGGAGUCAGUAUGCACCGCUUCCUCACGCUUUCCAGACUGGAGGAGCUCUACAACACGAGACAUGGACCGUCCAACACGCUGUACCACCUCGUCAGAGAUGUCAAAAAGGGAAACCUGCCCCCGGACUACCGCAUCAGCCUCAUCGACAUUGGACUGGUCAUUGAAUACCUCAUGGGCGGGGCGUAUCGGUGUAACUACACCAGAAAGAGAUUCAGGACUCUGUACCACAACCUCUUUGGACCCAAGAGGCCCAAAGCCCUGAAACUGCUGGGGAUGGAGGAUGACAUGCCCAUCCGCAGAGGCCGCCAGAAGACGACACGCAAACGAGAGGAGGAAGUGGACAUCGAUCUGGACGACCCCGAAAUCAACCACUUCCCUUUCCCCUUCCAUGAGCUCAUGGUGUGGGCCGUGCUUAUGAAACGUCAGAAGAUGGCGCUGUUCUUUUGGCAGCAUGGCGAAGAGGCCAUGGCCAAGGCCUUGGUAGCAUGUAAGCUUUGCAAAGCCAUGGCACACGAAGCCUCCGAGAAUGACAUGGUGGAUGACAUCUCCCAGGAACUAAACCACAACUCCAGAGAGUUUGCCCAGCUGGCAGUGGAACUCCUAGACCAGUCCUAUAAACAGGACGAGCAGAUGGCAAUGAAGCUGCUGACGUACGAGCUGAAGAACUGGAGCAACGCCACCUGCCUGCAGCUGGCGGUAGCGGCCAAACACCGAGAUUUCAUCGCUCACACCUGCAGUCAGAUGCUGCUGACCGACAUGUGGAUGGGACGCCUGCGGAUGCGCAAGAACUCAGGCUUGAAGGUAAUCUUAGGGCUGCUUCUGCCGCCGUCCAUCCUGAGCCUGGAGUUCAAGAACAAGGACGAGAUGUCGUACAUGCCCCAGGAUCAGGAGACCUACCUGCAGGAAAAGGAGGAGGAGGAGCCGGAGAAACCAGUCAAGGAGAAGGAGGAGGAAGACAUGGAGUUCACAGUAAGAUCUUACUGUGAGGCGCAGUACAACUCCGUGGCUAUGCUGGGUAAAGUAACCACAGAGACAUCCAGAAAGAAGGAUGUCGAGGAGGUUCAGAAACGCCACCGCCUCAUCCCCUUGGGACGCAAGAUAUACGAGUUCUACAACGCUCCAAUUGUCAAGUUCUGGUUCCAUACGAUGGCAUACGUGGGCUACCUGAUGUUGUUCAACUACAUUGUCCUAGUCAAGAUGGACCUGUGGCCCUCUACUCAAGAGUGGAUCGUCAUCGCUUACAUCUUCACCAACGGCAUUGAGAAGAUGAGAGAGAUCCUGAUGUCAGAGCCGGGGAAAUUGUUACAGAAGGUGAAGGUGUGGCUUCAGGAGUACUGGAACAUCACAGACCUCAUGGCCAUCCUCAUAUUCUCCGUCGGCAUGGUUCUGCGUCUCCAGGAGCCGCCGCUCAUGAGCUACGGGCGCGUCAUCUAUUGCGUCAACAUCAUCUAUUGGUACAUCCGGCUCCUGGACAUCUUUGGGGUCAACAAGUACCUGGGUCCCUAUGUGAUGAUGAUUGGCAAGAUGAUGAUCGACAUGAUGUAUUUUGUGAUCAUCAUGUUGGUGGUGCUGAUGAGUUUUGGGGUGGCGCGUCAGGCCAUCCUCAACCCUAAUGAAGACGCGUCCUGGAUGCUAGCUAGGAACAUCUUCUUCAUGCCUUACUGGAUGAUCUACGGAGAGGUGUUUGCCGACCAGAUUGACCAUAUGCAUAGUAGGAAGUUACAGCAAAGGCUGAGUGGAAAACUCUGGCUGGCUGACAAUUACUUGCGAACUUACGGAACCUGGCGUAGUAGUGGUCCAUCCCACAAUGCCCAGUGCAGUCAAACCCCCACCCCCUGUGGGCAGAACAUCACUACGGAGGAUGGGGGGUCGGUGGCCCUGCCUCCUUGUAAGACGGGUGCCUGGAUUGUCCCAGCCAUCAUGGCCUGCUACCUGCUGGUGGCCAACAUACUGCUGGUCAACCUACUCAUAGCUGUGUUCAACAACACUUUCUUCGAAGUGAAGUCCAUCUCCAACCAGGUUUGGAAGUUCCAGCGCUACCAGCUCAUCAUGACCUUCCAUGAGCGCCCAGUCCUUCCUCCACCCCUCAUCAUCUUCAGUCACAUAACGAUGGUCCUCAAGCAUCUGUGUUGUCGCUGGCGAAAGCAUGACGACGACGAGAGGGACUACGGGCUGAAACUUUUCAUCACAGAGGACGAGCUGAAGAAAGUCCAUGACUUUGAGGAGCAAUGCAUAGAGGAGUACUUCAGAGAGAAAGAUGACCGAUUCCACUCCUCUAACGAUGAGAGGAUCAGAGUCACUUCUGAAAGGGUGGAGAAUAUGGCAAUGCGUCUGGAGGAAGUCAAUGAAAGGGAACACUUCAUGAAGGCCUCGCUGCAGACCGUUGACAUUCGUCUGGCCCAAAUGGAGGAGCUGAUUGGAAGAAUCGCCGUAGCACUGGAGCGGGUGACGGGUGUUGAGCGUGGGGAGGUCAACAAAGUACGUUCCCGGACUUCAUCUGACUGCACAGACUCUGCAUACGUACUCCGCCAGGGUGAGUGCCCAGACGCAGCAUACAUCCUCCGUCAAAGCAGCUUUAACAGCACAGAAGGGAAUGCCUACCGCCUGCAGGAGGCACUGGAGGGAACAGCCGAGGGCUCCAUGUCCCCUCCGUCUCCUACCAGCAUGGCUGCACGGACAAGGAGCCACUCGUUCUAUGUCGGUCGCGGUGGCGAUCGUUCAAGUGGAGCUGAACGAGCCGAGAGCUUCUUCAAAGAGCGCUCGCUCAGCCUCCAUCGAGCCAACAGCUCACAAUCAGUGUCCUCAGGUGCCGCCCUCAAGGAGUCUAAGCCCCUCCCCCUGGCGACGCUGUCAGUCUCCCAGCAACACCGUCCAUCAUCAUGCAUUGAUAUCUAUGUCUCAACUUCUGAGGAGGUAGGGCCCGCGGAAGUCUUUCUGGAUCCUCUCCGAGUGGUCCCGCCGCUCCAGAGAGACUGCUCGCUGCAGUCAGAUAUCAUGGAGACGGUGCUGCCGGGAGGCCGGGACUUCGGCAGCGCCGCCACCAGCGGUAUGGGCGAUAGGCACUCGGAGGGCGGAGUAGGCAGCAGCGGAACAGCUGGAGCCAUGUUUGACGACAGUGCAGCUGCUGAUUUGUCAUUGUGCUCAGCCCACCUCUUACCAGACACCACGUUACCUCCUUGGGACAUGGAACCAUCCCCACCUCCCUCAGCAGGGCUGCUCGAGCGCUCCAAGAGCACCCGCUACCUUUCUACAACAGGCACAUCAUUCCUGGACGAGCCCCCUCUGGUCAAGUCACACAGCCUCAUGUUCACACCACGAGGCUGCUACAGCGGACUGGGGGCAGGAGUCCAGGUAAAAGCUGCAGAGUACACCAGCAUCACUGACUGCAUCGAUACACGCUGUGUCUCAUCUCCAUACACUCCCGCAGAACGCUCCUCCUCCCCCGGAGGAUCCACCUCAUUCCCCUUUGAUAAGCCGUCAGACAUUGCUUCCUCUCACCCAGAGAGAGAGGCAGAGCUUAGCCACACAGAGUCUGAUCCAGAGGACCCAGAGGACCUGAUUCCUGCCCCUGAUACCCCUCGUCUAGGGGGCCUUGGCGGGCCCAGUGGUGCCCCUCUCUGCUCCCCCUUCUCCAGGCUGGAGCGAGCAAACAGCUGCUCCUCAGACGACUCCCAUCCUUCCCUCACGCUGGCCCCUCCGCACCGGAAGAGCCUGUCGGUGAGUGAGAGGAUGGAGAGGGGACCGGGUCUGGGGGCAGACAGGGGGCCUGGGCCGGGGGGCCGGGGUCUGGCAGGAACCAGAAACCCCUUCCUCAGGAGCAAGUCUGGAGCACGGCCUGACACAGCCAAGACUGACAGCCUCUCCAUGAGGAAGCUGGCCACUCCGUCAGCUUUCCGCAGCUUUGAUAGACAAAACUACACGUGACAAGAACACUGGUCGGCACUCUCACACACUGAUAGGACCAGGGAGGAAAACUGAAAGGGCCCAGGGCAAAAGUGAACGCAGGGUGAAGUUGCCCAUAGAUGCUGAUCUGGACCAGAUCUACAGUUUUUUCACUUACGUUUUAGAAUAGAAAAGGUGGUAACAGUUUAAUCAUAGUCAGUGCUGGGGGGCAACUUUACCCUGGCUCGGGUGUCAGGAGGAACAGGAUGGGAGAUGUAGGGGUCCUACUGUACACCAGUCAAAAACAAAGAGCUAUGAAUCUAGAGUAGUUUUUACCUCCUCUUGUAGCUAAGUAACUCUCUAUGGGGUGUUAUGGCAAUGGAAGGUGUAUUUGUACUGUAUGUCUUCCACCCACCACCUUUACGUCAAGUAGACAUCAUGUCACUGUGUUACAUCACAUAUCAAUCACGUAAGUCAGAGAAAGUAUACUGUUACUCCUAGCUGCAUUAUACGGUAGAAACUGUCAAGUCUGAGAGACAGAGAGGAGAAAGAAAGACAAAACAGCCACCUCAUUUUGUCUUAGCAUAGAGUCGCAAAACUUUCGCUUUAAACGCAUUAUCCUCUCUUCAUAUAAUCCUAACUCCACUCUGUAAGACCCCAGCACUAGCAAACAGAAAGAAGCUGACGUUUCUAGCUGUUUCAUAAAGGAAUCAGUGAAGUGUUUUGGAAACCAUCGGGAACUAUUUCCUCUCUUGGUUGCACUGGCGAUGAUUGCUGUAACAUAGCAACAACUUACCUCUAGAUACACAAAUACACUUUUCAAAUAAUCAAUAUAUUUAUCUCUUAUUUUUUUUCAAAGGUAUAUAUCAAAUUUGCCUUUCGUUGUCUCACGUUUUGUAGCAUAAUUUAUCUACCAAACUCUUUCUUUUGUCAGUCCAGCUAGAAAAAGAAAGCAGUGUUUGAACAUACUCCAGUCAAAAAAGGGUCAUUACUCAAUCGCACGUCUCCGGUCAUGGCUGUCAAGUGUCAGCAGUCUGUAUCUGCAGUAAAAUUAAUUAGCCACGUGAUUAAGAGUAAAAAAAAGUUAUCAGGAAAAAGUGAGAAAGAAUGUGACAUGAAGGCUGAGAUUAGCAGCAUCCAGUGUUUUACAACUGAUGAAUCUGUAUCAGGAAAAUGAAGGAAAGGAGAGAGUGUAAUCAAGAGCAUGUUGACAUUCACGUGCAUAUUUACAUGUCGACACAUCCACACACUGUCAGUGAAAAUAAACUCUAGUUCAGACCUGAUCCCUGAGAGCUUUAACAAGUGCAAUUGCAAAAUAAAUGGGGACAAGAGGGCGCUGCGAGCCUAUUUCAGAAGCAAUGCUUGCUGGGUGAACCUGAUGUGAACCUUCUCUGCCUGCACCUGACACCAAAUAUCCUUACACUCAACGAAACCGUUGCUCUCUUGUAGCCCAGCCCUGCUCCUUCAGGUUUCGACAGUGGCAUUAUGUUGCAAUGGUUUUUACAUCCACCUCCACUUAAUGGAUCCGUCCUUCAUGUACUCCAUAAUAACUGUCAUUCAUUUUUGCUUUUCUCCUUUAUUUUAUUGAUUGCAUUCAAAGCCAGACACUGCAAAAGGAGACUGUAAUAGAAAGCAAUUGUCUGAUGACUAAGCCCAUUGUUAAUCAUAUUCAGGUCAAGAAGAGUUCCUAAAGAAAGAGCAAUUUUAUGAAUUUAUCUUUAAAAAAAAGCUUGUAAUAAGCUGUCAAGUAUAUGCAUUCUAGCUGAGAUAUAAGAAGUGACAUGGAGGAGGGGACAUGGGGUUAUUAUUAAAAGAUGAAAGCCAGAUCAGUGUUUUAAAAAGUUUUUUUAUUCUAAUGGAAAAAGUCUCGGAGGAGUAAGAUGCCCUCCUCUGAUGGCUUUGUAAACAUAAGAUAGACGAAAUUAAUAGAAUUCUUACAGAUUUUUUUAUGUUUGUUUUAUAUUUCCUCACUAUUACGAUUCAGUUUAAUCAUGUUGCAUUUAUUUUGAGAUUGGUUCUAUUUAUUGACAUUUUUUCUUGCUCAUUAUCGAUGAUUACAGUAAAUGCCUGUUUGAAUUACGAAAUCAAUAUUUAUAUCUUCUCAGUGAUAUUUUUGUCGAAUUUUAAGUAUUUUCUAAUUAAGCUUUUAAAUUUAAUAAAAAGAUGACCAUCGACAUGCACUAAAUGCUGAUGUAUUAUAUUAUUUAUUAAAUAUAGAACUGUCUGAUAUACUGUACAUUUCAAUCAUAUUUAAAGUAUUUAAAGUAGUUUUUAUUGUAUGUUUUAUCAAGCAGCUUAUGAGAAUUUUCUAAUGUAAAGUUGACACGGCAAUACACAGUUGCCAGUAUACCAAACUUAGGGUGCCUUUUGGGCAUGGACGGAGUAUGUGGGGACUGAAGUGAUUCAGAAAUCUGUGAAAUUUCUCCUUUUCUUUUUUUUUCCUAAUCAUAGAGCCCCAAAUAUCUGUGAUUAUUUUCAACAUGUGGCUUUUGCAAACACUCAUAGACCUUUGUUGUUCUCUUUAAACACAUCUGAUGUACAGAGUGGGGGGAGUGUUGUUAUUGGUAGACUGUAUCAUUGCUUGUGUGGACAUAUAGAUCCACCGAAACACAUAUAAAGAAGAAAAAAAAAUCUAUUUGCACAUGAAACUGAGACACAAGGGUGAGGAUAUAGCAUGGAUUUAUAUAAUUUGACUUCUCUCUGUAUCACAACCCAAUCUGGUUGAUGAUCCAAACUGUUCAUACGCCUACUGACCCAAACCCUAAACAUUAAAGGGGUACUCCAGUGAUUUAGUACUGUGCCUGCUUACAGUUGGGGGACUUUCUAGAGACAGAAUUUUAGUCCCCAGUAUGGAUCAAGCUUCAAAAACUCUGGAUCCUACAGUUCCCAUGGUGCAACUCAAUAACAUCUUUUGAUAGACCUUUACUGACUGUUAAAUCAUCUCAUCUUUCAAAACCAUUGGCCCCGGUUAACAACGCAGGUUGUCUCAAGUCUUAAGCCUAAUGGUGCCUUCAAAUGAAACUCGUGAUCUUGUGUUUACAACAUGAGAAGUCCUGUACACGAUAUGCUUGGUGCUCAAGUGGUAAAGUCGUGAGAACACCGCUGCUAAACAACGGCGUCUAGCAGCCACAGAGGCUCACAAUUUAGCAAGCGGGUAACAUAAUGCAGUAAAUGCAAAUGCAUAAUGACAGAGGAAAAAGAUGAGGCCGUUGGGAAUAUCAACAUUUUCCUCAGACAUAUUAUAAAAUUACAAAGAAAAACAAUAUACAACUAAAAUUACAAUAUAUUCACUUAUUAUUUCUGACAACGACAACAAACACGUUACACCUCGUGAACUCAGAGCUUUCAGAAACUUUCCACUUACGAGGUCGUGAAUACCACAAGACGGGGGCGUUCAUACGGAUUCUUUUCGUGAACGCGGUAAACACGACCCCAUUUGAAGGCAUCACAACCCCCGAUAACAUCAUCAGGGUUAUUUUCUUAGACUUCAGAAAGCCCCCUCCAGAGCUACAAAAGACAUACAACUGUGGCUGAAUUGUACCCUGCGUGACCAGUUAACUUGUAAAAAAUGAUGGAGUGCCCCUUUAGCCCAGCAGUUACAACACAAAUUGCUUUGUGGACACAUGCUCAGUAUGGAUCAUGUGGACAGAUCAGGGAGCAACACACUUAAAAUACCUAUAAGAUGACAAAUGGGAUGUUGUAGCCCGUCGGUACACACUAAGGAUCAGGUUUGCAGUUUCCUCAACAAAUAUGUAGUUCAUGUUUAAGAUCGGAAAGGUUGACCCCAAGUCGAUGCUCAGGGACGACGUUACCCCAGUGAUGGAAGGUAGCAAGUUUAUCAUGGUCGAAAGAGGGAUGGAAUUAUUGAGGGAUUUGGAUUUGUCUGCAGCAGAAGGUUUCCAAUAUAAUCACUGUGCUUUACAAGUCUAACCCAGAGUCUUCGGGGAUCGUAGGGACAUCUAUAUAUAUAUUUUUGUGUCUUACGUCUUCAGAAAUGGCAAUACAAUAUGAAUGAAUGUCUUCAUACUUGAUCGACUGACUUUGUUCACCCGCAGGAGUUUAAGUUGUUAACAGCAAGAACUGCGUAUAGUUAGAGAGGGCGUUGAUCCCUCACAAACCAAACCAAACUUUGCCAAACCAAAUGGAAACGAGCUGAGUCGUGCUCUACUGACCUGCUGUCUACACAGCUGCGGCAGGCUGGGGGUUAACCAAGCAAAGGUCAUACAGCUCAACUCAGUUAUGCAUGGCUAACUAUGAAAACAGAUGACUGUGACUGAAAGUUUAGGCCCUCCUAUUUGACCUACUGUGAUAGGAAAUCAAAAUAGUCUUUAUAAAUUUUAUUUAUCCUUACAGUAAGGAAUAUGAGAUAACAUACGUGUCCGUGGCACUUCUAAACUCGUGAGUACAUGAUUCUAUAAAUGGUUUUGUGGUAUGUUGACGAGGCUGGGAGGUACUGAUAGGAGGUGUGCGUAUGUGUGUGUGUAUGUGUGUGAGAGCACACGUGUGAAUCCGGACAUAUAGACGACACCAGUAACAGGGAAGCAUGCAACACAACCCAACAGAAUCUCAGUGUACAGUAUUUUUUCAAUAUUUUGCGAUACUGUAUCUCAUGAGCACAUGAUGGUAAUCAACAGAUCUGCUUCCCUCCUACGACGACCUGUGACUCGUACGAUAAAGAGAGUUUCACGCACGUUUUUUCUGCAAUAAUUGCUGAUAUGCUUCUACAACAACUGAAAGGGACUUAUCCCCCCUGCUGGUCACACUUUAUUUAAUGUCCUUCAAAUGCAUGCAGUUCUUCCACUCAGAGUGUAUAGAGACGACCUGUUAAGUUGGCAGAGAGAAAGAUAAAGAGAGAUUAUACUAUGAAAUCAAAGUAGUGAGUAUUUGGAUGCAAAUACAAAUCUGUAUUCUUCAAUGUGAAUAGGAUCAUGUCUGGCAUGCAUUGUUAAAUAAAAAAUUAAAUAGAUUGGUA